AUGCCGGAAGAUGGAUCCAGCCUUAGUAAAAUAGACAAGGUUUUAGUUUGUAACGAGUUUAUGAAUAGAUGGCCAACGGAGAAAUUUGAAGCACUAACAAGGAAUCUAUCGGAUCACAGCCCUCUUUCGUUGGUUUAUUCUUCACCGGAUUUUGGUCCAAUUCCUUUUAGAUUCUAUAAUAGUUGGGUGGAACUACAUGGAAUCGAAGAAGUGGUAGACAAAGUUUUGGGUGAAUAUGGAGACGUGUCGAACUCGGUAAAGGAAGUGGCGGGUAUGUUGAAAAGACUUAAAGGUGACAUCAAGCAAUGGAGGAGAGAGACAAAGCUAAGAGUGGAUAAAGAGCUACAUGAGAACAAGAAAGCUGUAGAAGACAUCGUCAAAAUGGCAAAAACCCGAAGCCUCACAAGAAUGGAAAAGGAGAAAAGAAUACAAACUAAAUGGAAAAUAAAGAAAUAUGAGAAAAGGAGGUUGGAAGAUUUAAAACAGAAAGCAAAGAUGAGGUGGGCGAAAUUAGGUGAUGAAAAUUCGAAGUUCAUUCACAGAAUAAUAAAUUGUCGGAAAGCGAAAAUCGAAUAA